GAAGAGGAGCGCCUGAGAAAUAAGAUCCGAGCAGACCAUGAAAAAGCCUUAGAGGAGGCAAAAGAGAAGCUAAAGAAAUCUCGAGAUGAGAUUCGAGCAGAGAUUCAGACAGAAAAGAACAAAGUAGCCCAAGAAAUGAAGAAGAAAGACAGCAAGCCUCUGCCACCCGUACCAGUACCAAAUCUCAUAGGGAUAAACAGUGAAGACCCAACAGAUAAGGAUAUCCGAGAGAAGAGGGACAAAAUUAAAGAGAUGAUGAAACAUGCCUGGGAAAAUUACAGGCAGUAUGGAUGGGGGCAUAAUGAACUCAAACCCAUUGCCAGGAAAGGACAUUCCACCAACAUAUUUGGAAAUUCACAAAUGGGUGCUACCAUAGUAGAUGCUUUGGAUACUCUCUAUAUCAUGGGGCUUCAUGAUGAGUUCAGAGAAGGACAAGACUGGAUUGACAAAAACCUUGAUUUUAGUGUGAAUUCAGAGGUGUCUGUUUUUGAAGUCAAUAUUCGCUUCAUUGGUGGUCUUCUAGCAGCAUAUUACCUUUCAGGACAGGAGGUGUUCAAGCUCAAAGCAGUGCAGCUGGCAGGAAAGCUCCUUCCGGCAUUUAACACACCCACAGGCAUUCCCUGGGCAAUGGUGAAUCUGAAAAGUGGUGUGGGUCGAAACUGGGGCUGGGCUUCUGCAGGCAGCAGCAUCCUGGCUGAAUUUGGUACUCUGCACAUGGAAUUUGUCCACCUCAGCUACUUGACUGGGGACCCUGUCUACUACAACAAGGUCAUGCACAUUCGGAAGUUACUUCAAAAAAUGGACCGUCCUAAUGGGCUUUAUCCAAAUUAUUUGAACCCAAGGACUGGGCGCUGGGGUCAGCAUCACACAUCUGUGGGCGGGCUGGGAGACAGUUUUUAUGAAUACUUAUUGAAAGCCUGGCUGAUGUCAGACAAAAUGGACACGGAGGCAAGGAAAAUGUACGACGAUGCUAUUGAGGCGAUAGAAAGACAUCUUAUCAGAAAGUCUAACGGAGGACUGACAUACAUUGGGGAAUGGAAGAAUGGGCACCUUGAGAGAAAGAUGGGCCACCUCACCUGUUUUGCUGGGGGAAUGUUUGCACUUGGAGCAGAUGGUUCCAGAGAUGAUAAGGCUGGACAUUAUUUGCAACUUGGAGCUGAGAUUGCACAUACAUGUCAUGAGUCAUACGACAGAACAACAUUAAAGCUGGGUCCUGAAGCGUUCAAAUUUGAUGGUGGCCUAGAGGCAGUGGCAGUGCGGCAGAAUGAAAAAUAUUACAUUCUAAGACCAGAGGUGAUCGAGACCUAUUGGUAUAUGUGGAGAUUUACACAUGAUCCCAAGUACAGGCAGUGGGGCUGGGAAGCAGCACAGGCUAUUGACAAAUACUGCCGAGUCAGUGGUGGAUUUUCGGGGGUCAAGGAUGUCUAUUCCUCAUCUCCUGCAUAUGACGAUGUACAACAGAGCUUUUUCCUUGCUGAAACUCUGAAGUAUCUGUAUCUGCUUUUCUCCAAUGAUGACCUCCUGCCUUUAGACAACUGGGUUUUUAACACAGAAGCUCAUCCCUUGCCUGUUUUACAUUUAGCCAACACCACACUUUCAGGAAAUCCUGCUUAUCGAUAAAAACAGCUUCAGGAAGAGGAGGAGAGACUGCACUCAGCUGUGUUUUGUUUACAUGGACCACUUGAGACUUUAGGCUGGAGAGGAGACAGACAUUUGGUUAAUCUGAUUCAAGACGCAGGGUGAGAAACAACCUCUGCCCCCAAAGCUUUUCAACCUGUAGAUAAGUAAACUCUGAAAUAAUUCCUUUUUAUACAUGACCAAAACACGCUACUGGGGCAUUUGCAGGACAGAGAGAGACCUUGUGUGCAUUGAACCUGAACAGCAGCGUGGAGCCUGUUAUUAGAUAUAGAGUCCAGCAGCCAAAGGAACAACAGGCUUCCUGGCCCGGGGCUGGAGUUUGCUGCUGCUGGCCUUUGCAAGAAACUGCACACUUGUCUCCUACUCAGAUGGGGUGUAUUCCAGAGACUAAGACAUUUUGUUUUUUUCUUUCUAUUUUGAUGAUGGCAUGAGCAAAGCAACAACAAGAAAGCAACGUAACUGCACCAGCAGCACCACGAUUUGAAAUUUUUUCUGUACCUGUCUGAAUUUUCUAAUCUGCAUCAGUUUGCCGAGACUGGCAGCCAUUCCCAGUGCCUCUCAGACCUUUGCCUCCUUUUCAUUUACCCCCUUCAUAACAAAGUCCAAAGACGUGUGAAGCACAAUCACACCCAGAGAACAGUUACCAAGCAUUUGUUUUUGUAAUUUACUAGCAGCACUGUGCUGUUAGUUCACUACACAAGCUAUGGGCACAGAGCAUGGAAGACACAGCUAAGUGUCCUGUUUCCCUUGGUCACCAAUCCUGUCAAAUGGAAAGGCUACACUCCCCUAUAUCAGUCCUUUUCUGCCACUUCCACAGACAUAACAACAACAGAAAUUGCCCAUUCUGGUUUAUGUGGCAGACUGCGUCACAUUCACGGGACACGGUUCUCUUUAGGUGAGAGAUAGUAGUUUGUAUCAUUGCUUUACAUUUGUCCAUGCAGCCUGUGCUUUUCCUUGACUCUCGCUUUUAUUAUUUUGACAACGUUCACAAAUCCUGCUUUGUAAAUCUCAAGUCUUGCCUUGUUUUUUUGAGGUGUAUGGCAAGAGACCAAAACUGCCUCAGAUUUGCUUUAUUAAAACAAGUUUUAUCUGAGCCAUAAACUGCCCCCAAUGCAAAGCCAACAUGAGAUUCUUUCUGGAAACAUGGUAAAAUCUAUUACACACUAAUAUAUCACAUAACUCCAGUUAGUAAGGCUGUGUUACCUGUAUACAUUAAGUCUAGUUAUUACAUAGUCCUUCCCUGAGUGCAUAGUCCUUCUCUCGAGGUCCCUUACAGUGCUACACUUCUAUGAUUUCCUCUGGACAUUGCUGGCUGAAGCAACCCCACUGUUCUGAGUUCAGGCGCAACAGCAUGAGUUAAUGGAGGUAGUGCAUUUGAGUCUUCACUUACAGCAUAGGUGUCCUGACUCUUGUCUCCCUUUACUGAGAAUCUCUUCUCAUCUAUAGAAUAGAAUCCUGUGCACUCAGAAAUAACGCCUGUUAACAUCAGUAAGGUUUGUUUAAAGUGAGUUUCACUUGCUGCUUUAAUUUCUAAACAUUUCCUUUCUUUCAAUUUUUAUGCUUAAGUGGGAAGCUCUGUACCAGACAUCCUGUCUCACUGACAGCCUACUAGACAAGUGUCUUAAAUCAAUAUUAUAUGCAUAGACUGGAAUCAGAUUGUUGAUUAUGUAUUUUAAGUGUUUCCUUUCCAGUCAGUGGGCAAUAAAACAACCUUAGGGAAGAUGGCUUAUUCUAUUAAAAGCAUAUAUAAGAUUCAUGCUAUUGGCCUUUGGGUCUGCCUACCAUGCCUCAGUGGGUAAAAUAGGAUAUUACGUGUAAAGUCAUUUAUUUCCGCACACCUCAGUGCCAAAUUUUCAACAUGUUUGAGAUCUUGAAGGUGUCUCCAUUUUGUUUUCUCAAAAUACAACAAAAGGGCAAAAUACCCCAUUGUGGGCUAUAUUUAUUUAAAGAAACUCAAUCUUCAAAAGCAAAUCAUCUCUUCCCCCCCCAGCCUCAGCACCUUGAAAGCGAAAAAGGAUUCUGCUCACCUCCUUUUUUACUUUUCUUCCUCACAGCUCCCAUGAUUCUUUCCCCAGGGUCACUGUCCCUCGAGCUGAGAAGGGGCUGGCUCUAGAUCAUCUUAAGGUGCUUCUGCCCUCCUCAUACGAGCAGGAUGAACAUGCUGCCUUUACAAUAGUCCUGUUGUACCUAUGUUAGUUCACUACAGAGGGAAGUACUAUUACUAGGCAGCCAGCCACGAAACACCUUUGUCUUUGAUUUCUGUGAUAUUUUUAAUUAUGUGAGCCUUUCUGGGCUCUCAGUACUUCAUUCCCCUCAUGCCAGCUUAAAGAGAGGUAUGGGGUUUUUUUGCUUUGACUGAGUUUUAAGCCCCUGAAAAUGAGCUUUCUAUAAUGAGAACAUCGCCACAACAGGAACUCCAGGAUGGGAUAGAGACAGGAAAGUGCAGCCCACUGACCACUACAAUGAAAUCCGUGGCCACCUUCAUCAUUUGUGCACAGCAGUGUCCUGCAGAACACUCUGUCUCCCAAUAUGCAAUGUCCCAUCUUGGCCUGAGUGACCUGGGUGCAAUCUGCUCCAUUUUUAUAUCUAAAGUGGCAUUUAGUUUUUCCAUUUUUAGUCCCCAAUUCAGCAAAGCACAUAAGCCUGUGGCCUUAAUGCACAGACCAAGAACCAUGCAUGGAGACAGAGAAUGGUAGAACCACUGACUCCCGUGAUGAAAGUCCCACCUUAAUGCUAAAUUUCCUUUACUCGUUGGCAUUAAUUUAAAGCAGUGUUUCUCAAACGGGUCACCGCUUGUGUAGGGAAAGCCCUGGCGGGUCG